CAAGUAAAAAGACGGGAAAUCAAGCAGAAUGAAAAUCUAAAGUUUAGAUUCUAUGCUCGCAAUUAAAGCCAUACGAUGUGUUAUGGACCUCUUGGUAUUCGGAAGAAACAUAGAAAGUACAAACUUUCGAUAUAAAAACUCUCUCGGUUUAGAGAAAAGAGAGAGCUAUUUGGAUCAUUGCUUGUAAGCUAAUACUUAUCUAUGAAGAUUGUAGGUGCGUGUAGAGCUUAAAGAACGUGGAAACACACAAUUAGAGAGUUGUUAAGAAGCAUGUGAUGUUGUAAUUCACGCUCGCAAUAGCCCAAUGAAUCCCCCCACGCGUCUCUCUUGCGCACACACCUUCACCAUUGUGUUCUUCCCAUUGCUCACCCCAUAAACUUCAGUCCCCAACACGUGGCACUCAUCUGCGUUUUUAAACCCAAAGUUAUUUAUUCCCUUUUUGCCAUUUGGAUGAUCUAUCAUUUUUUUUUGGAUAAAAUUAUAAAUAGACUCAGCUUGUCCUUGUUUAUUAGUACUAUACUCUAAUGAUGGAACACACUGAAAAACAAUAAAAACAAACAAUCAUUAAAAUGUCAGGAAACAAAAAAAAUUAGAAAAUAAGCUUGUACUGAAAGGUACUAAUAUAAUAUACCUGAAAUUAACAUUUUCUUUUGUUGUUUUCUAGGUUCUAUUCAGGUCUAGAGACAAAAAAAAAAAAACUCUCUGAUUAAUCAUGUAAUUUGGCUUAUUUUUAUAAAAUUUUAAACAUAAUUUCAUGAUUUGUUUCUCCUAAACCCUCUCCAAACCCAAUAAACCGAAGCAAAAACACAAGAGCGAGAGAAGUAGUAACGCAUUAGUUUUCGGCCACCUCCUCCAUUGAAGCGAAGCUCCGAGAGAGAGAGAGAGAGAGAGAUUGUAGUGUGGUGCAUCGUUACAAAACAUAACCAAACCCGUACACGAAAAAAAGACACAGACUUUUUGUUUUUGUUUUUGUUUUUUUGUCUCUUUCCAUGGUAAUGACAGAACUCAACUUCCUCCCAACAAUCUCCGAUCGCUUCACCACGACGUCACCGUCACCGUCCUUCUCCUCACAUUCCCUUCUUCCCUUCACCCAUCGACGAACACGACAAAGUAACCACAGACCUGUCUCCGUACGCAUGGAGCAGUCACGACCGAGAAACCGAAAAGACAAGAUCGUCGUCAUCUUAGGAGCAACCGGCGCCGGAAAGUCACGUCUUUCAGUCGAUCUCGCCACUCGUUUCCCUUCAGAGAUCAUAAACUCCGACAAAAUCCAAGUCUACGAAGGACUGGAGAUCACCACCAACCAGAUUACCUUCCCGGACCGUCGCGGCGUUCCUCACCACCUCCUCGGUUACCUCCCCUCCGAAGACGGCGAACUCACCGCCGGAGAUUUUCGUGCAGACGCUUCAAACGCCGUUUCCGACAUAAUCUCCCGUAAAAAGCUUCCGAUCAUCGCCGGCGGAUCCAACUCCUUCGUCCACGCGCUCCUCGCCGAGAGAUUCGACCCAAAGAUCGAUCCUUUCGCGUCUUCUUCAAUAUGUCGGGAUUUGCGUUACGACAGCUGUUUCGUCUGGGUGGAUGUGUCGGAACCUGUGCUGUUCGAGUAUCUUCUGAAACGGGUCGACGAGAUGAUGGGUUCGGGCAUGUUCGAGGAGCUGUCCGGGUUUUACGACCCGGUGAAAGCGAGUAGGGCCCGGUUUGGGAUCCGGAAAGCCAUAGGCGUACCGGAGUUCGACGGUUACUUCAAAAUGUACCCACCGGAGAAGGAGGUAAAGUGGGAUUCAGGGAGGAGAACGGCGUACGAUAAGGCGGUGGAGGAUAUCAAGGAGAACACGUUGAGGUUAGCGAGGAGGCAAGUAUGGAAGAUAGAGAGGCUGAGAGAAGCAGGUUGGGAUAUUAAGAGAGUCGACGCAACGGCGUCGUUUAGAGCUGUUAUGAUGAGUUCGAGUUCGUCGCGGGAGUGGAGAGAGAUUUGGGAGGAGCAAGUUUUGGAGCCAAGCGUAAAGAUUGUGAAUCGGCUGUUGGUGGAAGAUUAGGUUAUUUCCCAGCCAUUUUCCAGCUCAUUUUUUUUUUGCUUUUCAUAUCAUUAAAAGGGUUCGUUGAGAGAUUAUUUUUCGAAAAAAGGCACAUUUUUUUGUUGGGUUAUCUACAAACAUGUAAUACAUAUGAUCUCCGCCA